GCAGCAGUCAGUCCACUCAGCAAGAGCGCGAAGUCGUUUUGUCGCGUCGCUUGCUAGGACUGUGUGUGUGUGUGUCACUUCUCGACGUCGACAGAGAAAAUCUCGCGUGGCUGGCAGCGUGCUCUCUCUCUCUCUCGCCACCUCCACCAGCAACACACGCACGCCACUUACCAGCACCUCUCUCUUCUUUCACCCACACCUCCUCCUUUCUCUCUCUCCUUUUGAGUGAGCGAGAGAUCUCCCGAAACCUGAGCGAGGCGGUCCCGGAGACACCAUAGUGGCGAUAUCCUCCUAAAGCGCAACAUGGCUACAAUUGUAACCUCCACCAGGUUUACAGACGAAUAUCAGCUGUACGAAGAGCUCGGAAAGGGUGCCUUUUCUAUUGUUCGGCGAUGUGUAAAGAAAUCAACCAGCCAGGAAUAUGCGGCUAAGAUCAUCAACACAAAAAAGCUGUCAGCAAGAGAUCAUCAGAAGCUAGAAAGAGAGGCCCGCAUCUGCCGUCUGCUCAAACAUUCCAACAUAGUGCGUCUCCAUGACAGUAUCGCAGAAGAAGGCUUUCAUUACCUGGUCUUUGACCUUGUGACUGGUGGAGAAUUGUUUGAAGACAUUGUCGCAAGAGAAUAUUACAGUGAAGCAGAUGCAAGUCAUUGCAUCAAUCAGAUCCUGGAAAGCGUCAGCCACAUCCACCAGCAUGACAUUGUGCACAGGGACCUCAAGCCAGAGAACCUGCUGUUAGCCAGUAAGAUGAAGGGGGCAGCAGUGAAGUUGGCUGAUUUUGGCCUUGCCAUCGAGGUGCAGGGAGAUCAGCAGGCCUGGUUCGGUUUUGCAGGCACCCCUGGAUACCUCUCCCCUGAAGUCCUGAGAAAGGAUCCCUAUGGCAAACCAGUGGAUAUCUGGGCUUGUGGUGUGAUCUUGUAUAUCCUGCUGGUGGGUUACCCUCCUUUCUGGGACGAGGACCAGCACAAACUGUAUCAACAGAUCAAGGCUGGAGCCUAUGACUUUCCCUCUCCAGAGUGGGACACUGUUACCGCAGAGGCCAAAAACCUCAUCAACCAGAUGUUGACCAUCAACCCAGCGAAGAGGAUCACAGCUGACCAAGCACUCAAACAUCCGUGGGUCUGUCAACGCUCCACUGUCGCCUCCAUGGUGCAUCGUCAAGAAACCGUUGAGUGUCUGCGCAAGUUCAACGCCCGCAGAAAACUAAAGGGGGCCAUUUUGACCACCAUGCUGGUGUCCAGGAACUUCUCAGUGGGUCGGCAGCACACCAGCCCCGCCGCCCCCACCACCAGCACAGCUGCACUGGCACAAGAAGCAUGCAAAAGUUUACUGAACAAGAAGUCUGAUGGCGUGAAGCCACAGACAAACAACAACAAAAACAGUGUAGUAAGCAGCAGCACCAAAGACAGCAGCAUAUCAUCCACCGCACCAAUGGAACCACAGACCACUGUCGUGCACAAUCCAGCCGAUGGCAUCAAGGGGUCUACAGAGAGCUGUAACACCACAGAAGAGGAGGACAUGAAAGGUAGGAAAGUAUCGGUGGGUGGGGCUAGCAAUGACAGUGCAGUGGUGAGCCAGUGCAGUGCCUCUGAGGAGCCAGCUCCUCAACCCGAGGCCUCUCCCCCCUGCCCACCGCCCACCGAUCCACCACAUGAUGUUAAGAAUGUAGCUUGGAGCAGUUCAGGUCAGAGCUCCUGUCCUGAUUUAGAGCCUGCUGUACCUGCUUCAGCCUCCACAACACCAGGGGGCAGCAGCGUGCACAGGCAGCAGUCACGAAAGCAGGAGAUCAUUAAAAUCACAGAGCAGCUGAUUGAGGCCAUCAACAACGGAGAUUUUGAAGCUUACACGAGGAUCUGUGACCCUGGCCUGACCUCUUUUGAGCCCGAGGCACUUGGAAACCUGGUUGAGGGAAUGGACUUCCAUAAGUUCUACUUUGAGAAUUUGCUGAGUAAGAACAGUAAGCCUGUGCAUACAACCAUCCUGAACCCUCACGUGCACCUGAUUGGAGAGGACGCCGCCUGCAUCGCCUAUAUCCGACUGACACAGUACAUGGACAGCCAGGGCCGGGCACGCAGCAGCCAGUCGGAGGAGACACGCGUGUGGCACCGCCGAGAUGCCAAGUGGCUCAACAUCCACUUCCACUGCUCUGGAGCGCCUGCCGCACCUCUACAGUGAAUCACAGAGGGCAAAGCAUGCCUGAAUACUAAAGCUGAUUGGAGCAUUUCUUCUCCGUGCACGUCUUGCCGCCUGGAGCCCGGCCAGAAGAGAACCUCUUGAAGUUUUGAAAACGUGAGGGAAAAAAUUGACACAACUAAGAAAUAUAUUUAAAAGCGGCCACCACUUCAGUCCAACUCUAGCUAGAUGUGGGUCGGGCGGCCACGGCAGCAGCCCUGCCUUCUGGAUGCUGCAUGCUUCUAAUGCCCACACGGGGCGCUGUAUAGUCUUUACCCAUAAUCCCAUACUGUCUGCUGCCCAACAUUCGGAAAUGGUGUUUUAAAGUAUUAGUAAUAUAUUGUAAAAUACUGAGAUCUUCACUUGUGUAAUUAACAGCCAGUAGAGAUGGAAGUUAGAAUCAGAAAUGUGAAUCGUUGAAGAGCACACGCCGUUUUAAGGGUAAAUGAUGUGAGUUUAUUACAUUUAAGAAAACAUUUUUCUGUUUUGUUUUUCUUUUUCUUUUUCUUUUUUUACGCAAAGAAUGUGAUGGCAUGGCAUAUCAGAGGGAACGAAAAAAUGUAUCAGACGUUGAAGCACCAAAGUGUAGACUCUAGACGUUGAGAAGAGGAUGUUUUAAUGUUGCUUUUAUUUUCUUUGAAAUUGAGGAAUGGGGUUGGGGAAGAUUUUUUUUCUGGCUUUCUGACGUGUUUUGGUGGAUCUCUUGGUUUUUAUCUUCUGAAUGAUGCGGUAUUUGAAAGUAUUUUGUGUUUUCAAGACAAUUGUUUUAAAGUGGGACACGAUUUAAUAUAGUUGUGCAUAAAUAGAUAUUUAUAAAAGAGAAAGGACAAAACAGUGUGUGGUGUCCGGGGGGGGGGUGAUGUGUGUGUUUGUGUACGUAUAAAUGUUUUUUCUUGGGUUCAAGAUGCUUGUUGCUAUGUAGUGUUUUGCGUAAAUCUUCUUAACACACACUUCCACAUGAGGCCUGAGCUCAAGUUGGGUUGGUUUACUUGCCUUCCUGUAUGUUUGCACCCAUAACCUCUAGGCUCUCUGAACCUGAAGUUGCAGAACCCUCACUUUCUUUGAUUUCGAGUUUGUUGUAUGUCUCUUGGUCCCCAGGGGGCGCUAAACACUAUACACAACAUGCUCAUCAUAAGCCCUGCUCUCCCUCCCAGAGUUACUCUGCUCACCUUUUAGGCUUCCAGCUGCUGUGCAUAUCAUUUUUUAGACUAUAAGCAUGUCGAGA